AUGGCGUAUAGCUGUGACAGCAUCGUCGACCCUGUCGCCCCUCACAACCUCAAGGCCGAAGACCUCUCCGAGAUGAGACCCCAGGGCCGACACAUCUCCGAUCGUCUGACUGUUGAGGUUGACUGCCGUUCUUUGGGCCCUAGCGAAUGCCCCUCGAUGACUUCGAGCUUCUCUCCUUUGGAAUCUCCCACUCCAACCCCCACUAGUCUCUAUAGCCAAAACUCCAUGGCUUCCCCCAGCUGGCAUGAAGCCGGACAGUAUCACAGCCUCCCCAUGGAGCGCCGCACCUCUGCCACCCCACUCCGCAGUGCAUUCAAGAUGGCAGACCUCACCUCCGGCGACGUGAUGGGCAUGCCCUAUAGCAACAUGGACCGUCAGGACCAGAUGCCCAUGGAGUACCUGCCUGGCUACGAAGAGAACCCGGAUCAGUUCUGGAUCCCGCAAGACGUCCCCAAGACCUUCGAUCAGACCGGCUUCCAGUACCAGCCUUCAGUGCCCCAAUACCACACCAUGCCACGCAACCACCACUAUCAGUACCGUCCGCAGCAAACGACCUACCUGCCUGAGUCUGCCUCCAACCCCUGCCUGUCUCGACCCAUCUUUAACCAACCGCCAACUGAGCGGAUGCCAAACUCGGUCUCCAUGUCCAACAUGCUUCACUUCAUGCCGCCAUCUGAUUCCAUGGCGCCCCAAACUAUCACUCCUGCUCAGGCUUUCAACCAGCCGGUUACACCACCGUCUUCUUCCUACUCUGAAUUUCCUUCCAACCUUCACACAUUCAAAGCACACACUCCGACUACACCUGUGCGAUCGAACUCCAUUGGUACAGCCUCUGGCACUGAUACUCCCAUGAGUCGCCUGUCUGGUGGCCACGAAUAUCAAGAGGAAUACCCUGUCUCUCCAGUCUACCGUGACGGCAUGAUGCGGGCUCAUCGUCAGCCGUCCCGCAAAUCUUCCAAGAAGCAAUUGCUCCGCUCCAACUUGAACCUCGAGAGCCUGCCUUCCAUUAUCAAGCAGGUCCAAUUUAAGUGCAAGGAGCCUGGCUGCAAGGGACGCUUCAAGCGCCAGGAGCACCUGAAGCGCCACAUGAAGAGCCACUCCAAGGAAAAGCCUCAUGUUUGCUGGGUCCCCGGCUGCCACCGCGCCUUCUCUCGCAGCGACAACCUGAAUGCCCACUACACCAAGACCCACAGCAAGCGGGGCGGGCGCAACCGCUAUGUCGCUACCCUGGAUGAGACCAGUCAAGACUACGACCCCGAUUUCCGUGGCCAGCUCACGCCUGACGGUCGCCCAAUCUGGGGCUCCAAGCUUGAGGAUCCCGUCCCCGACUGUGGUGAUCUGAGCGUCGACGGCUGGGAUGAUUAG